AUGGCUUUCCAUCUCAUACGAUACGCUGCCGAGGGUGAUGUUAAAAAAAUUGAAAAAUGGAUAGAUCAUGGAGUUCAUAUCAAUGCCUCGAAUAUUAGGAAGGAGACGGCGUUGUUUAUUGCGUCAGUGAAUGGACACGUCAAGUGUGUCGAGUUUUUACUCAGCCGAGGAGCAGAUCCUAACAGGUCAGUCUUGUUGGCGUUCUUGUUGUUUAUGUCUUUUCAAACGUACUAAUAAUUCAUGAGGAAAACUCCAAGGAUACCAGCCAUACAUUAACUCAACUACACUCGUAAAAAACGCACAAGUUGUAUAAACAAACCUGCAGCAGACUUGUAGUAAUGCUGGUCCGACAACUUGUCAACAGGAUGUGUUCGCACUGCUUGUUCCCAGCUUGUUGACAACUUGCUACAAGGUUGUUGAGCUCAACAGACUUGUCACAAGUUGUUCCAACAAGUCGUUAUCGUUCUGCAAUUGAACAAUUUGUCAACAAAUUGUGAGUGACAACCUUGUAGCAACUUGAUAAAAUAACAGUAUUGUUACAACUUGUUGACAAAUUUGCUACAAGCCUGUUGCGAACACAUCUUGUUGACAAACUGAGAUUUUUGCGUAUGUGUAUUCAAAAUGUGAUGUAUAUAUUUCAGGUCAUCAUUGAUGGGAAUGACUCCGCUUCAUGUUGCUAUUCAACAAGACCAUAUCAAAUGUGUAGGUUUGCUCCUUCAGUACGGCAGUGACCUUCACAGUACGUUUGCAGAGUACCCAACUGUCGUCGCGUUUGCACGUUACCAUGGGAACCCAGAUAUAAUGCGUUUGUUACAUGCAUUUCUGGUGGACCGUGGGUUGGGUCAUCAUCAGCCUGCUCAGAAUUAUAACGCUAUCGUUCUGGUAGGUUUAGAACUGAUAGAACUAUCCAGUACAAAUAAAGUUAGUUUAGGUUUCCUCCUGUAGUAACACUGGAUCAAUAAGUGAUGAUCCUUACUGGACCUCUAGGAAGAACAGUUUAGAACUGAUAGAGCUGUCCAGUAUAAAUAAAGUUAGUUUAGUUUAGGUUUCCACCUGUAGUAACACUGGAUCAAUAAGAGAUGAUUCUUACUGGACCUCUAGGAAGAACAGUUUAGAACUGAUCGAGCUACCCAGUAUAAAUAAAGUUAGUUUAGUUUAUAGGUAAAUCUUGAGCUCUGAAAUCUAACAAUCUAUUUCUCGUAGAACUCCUGCGCCUCCGCGUCGUGUAUGAAAGUAGCAGACGAGGAGAGCGACAAUCUUCCCUGGGGUAUACCAAUCAUAAACCUGGAUGAUAUUAAAAGACCAGAACACAAACAUUCCUUCACUGGUUCCUUCUUUGCGUACAUUGAUGGAAUGUGGGGAGGGAGUCUCGUGACCGUUAAACAUGCGCCAGAAUUUAAUCAGGACGAGUUUUUUCACUUUCGAUUACGGAAAGAGAUUAAUUUACUGAGGUAUGUUGUACUCAAUGUUAUUACUAUGUUAUUACUAUGUUAUGCCUUUCAUAAUACUGUAGCUUCUUUUAAAAAACUUCUAUAAAAUAGAAAAUCUAUUAUGUUGCGUCUUAGAGAACCAGGCGGUUAAUAAAGUUCAAGGACUGGAAAAGUUUGUUAAAUGGAUGAUUCUAGCUAUAUACGAAAUUUUGAUCUAGACAAGAAGAACUACAUUUCAUUACCACAGCUGGAAAGAGCAUCUUAAAAUGAGUAAAAUUGCAAAGUUUGGUUGCGAAUUGUUGUAAAAUGAGGAAAAUAUUGCCAUGUGAAGUUCGCAAAUUUUGUAUAUAUUUACAUUACGUGCGAGAAAAAUAACCAUUUUUGAGCCGAAAGUGGUUAUUUUUACCGCGCGUAAUACAAAUAUAUACAAAUUUUGCGAAUUUCACAGGACUAUAUUUUCUUCAUUUUACAACAUUUAGCAACCAAUCUUUGCAGUUUUACGCAUUCUAAAACGCUCUUUCUAGCUGUGGUGUUGGAUUUCGUUCCUCUUGCCUUGAUCAAAAUUUAGUCUAUAGCACGAAUCACACAUUAGAAUAUCAUUCAUCAAAACCAUUUUGGUUGUGCAAAUGACAAUGCAAAUUUGAAAAUUUCUAAUUUUCGACUGAUUCUUACAGCUCAAUCUUAGAACUCAACCCUGUUGUCAAUUUUCACUUCACCUGUCUCUUCUUUCCAGGCAAUUACGUCAUUUCCGGUUCCCAGUUGCCAUGGCAAUAUGUCUGGAUCCUUUCUGUCUGAUCAUGGAGAGGUUCUAUCACUCGACGCUCUCCAUGUACCUCAGAGAUCCCACGAUGGACAUGGAGAAAGAUCUCGAGUGUCAUCUCAUGAGGAUCAUCAGAAUCAUGCUGGAUGUUGCGCAGGCUUUGUCUCAUCUUCAUAGAAGAAACUGGAUACACUGUCAUGUUUCCUCACAGAGUGUGCUAG